CUGCUGAAGAUUUGAUGGAUGUGUUCGACUGAUACAUAGUAUCAAGGUUGGGACACGGUCUGGCCUCAUCAUCAUGCAUUGACGGUCACAUUAAGACAGGCUAUUUGAACGCACUAGGUUUAUUGGCGAAACAGUGCCUUCGUUCAAUGCAAAUGCAUGUCGGUCUUGGUAGCUACAGCACUAGACGACACGACACACUCGUGUUUAUUUCUGGAACGGAUUUUAAUACUAGACGUGAGUUUGACGGGAGUGGAGGAACCACCAUUUUGAUUACAUUAUAAAACUAUGGCUACGAGGAUCGUCGAUUUCUAUACACGAAGUGAUUGUAUUGUUUGCUAGUCUGUGAUACCGUUAACCAUGUUGGCUGUAGAUAUAACGGCAAAGUUUUGUAUCUGUUGUGUUUGGGCUUUAUAAAGCACAAACAUUCUUUGUUUCACGGCCCAAAGUACAUUCCGUUAUUUCAAUUUACGCGUGUGCUAUUUAUAGAAGAACAAGAUCAUUUCUCUGUUUACGCAAGGAAGGUAAUCUGUCGCAAUAUGUUGGGAUUACGAAUAGCAGGAAAGGUGACUGUCAUCCUCAUCAUAGCAGUAUUUGUUAUUAUUAUUGGCUUCUUGUCGCACCCUGGGACACUCUUACCGUCAUAUAAUCCGGUUAACCCAAGUACGACUUGGUCGAGAUUUAUAAACAACAAUGGAACUGUUGAUCGUCUACAAAAAAAGUACCCAAUGGCAACAUGUCCCCUCGAAUCACAGACUCUCGUCGAAGAAGAUUAUGUUGUUAUAGAGGCGUGCGUAAAAGGCUACCAAGCUUUGGAAAUGCAGUCUAUUGACGCUCGUGAAAUGGAAUACAAAAGAGUACAUAUACAUAAACCAUGGUUAACGAGAAACGACAGUGUUAUGAUCGAAGUUGGUGGAUACAAAGGAGUAGACGCAGAACGUUUGAUCAGCAAAGGGAUGCACCCAAAAUACAUUGCUUUAGAGCCAGUGCCCAUGUUUUAUGAGUUAUUGCAAAAAAAAUUCCAAUCCGACAAACAGUUUUUGAUUUUGAACUUUGGAUUAGGAAGAAACGAUCGAACUCUAACAAUCCCGAUCCAAACCGACGCCACAUCAUUGUUUCGACAGAAUAAAAUAAGCAUGGGAACGGCAACGACAAACAUCACGAUCCGAAAAGCUACCACAUUUUUUGACGAAAUUAAAGUCAAAGAUAAAAACGUGGACUUAUUGCAUAUAAAUUGCGAAGGUUGCGAAUUCGAACUCCUCGAGGAUUUAAUUUCAACUGGAUAUAUUAGAUAUUUUAACCAUGUACAAUUCCAAUUCCACAUGCAUUUACCAUAUAUAGAAAAAGAGGCGUGUCGGUACUGCCAAAUCAUGAAACUUCUGGGCCGGACACACAAGCCAAUGUUUCAGUACCGUCAUACUUGGCAGGCGUGGGAGAUAAAAACCGAGUAAACCUAAUAACAUUAUUUUAUAUUAAAGCACUAUUGCGUAUUGCUUGUGGUUUGAUUAUGUGAUAUCAGUUUUAGUCUGUGGGUCUUUUGUUUUAAAUGUAGAAACGGAAUUAUCAUCGUGUAUGAUUAAAUGGAAUGACCACUUUCAUGCAAUCGCCAUGUGGGAUUAAACGGAACGACCAUUUUUAUGUAAUCGUCAUGUGCGAUUGAACAGAAUGACCACUUUUAUGUAAUCGUCAUGUGGGAUUAAACGGAAUGACCACUUUUAUGUAAUCAUCAUGUGGGAUUGAACGGAAUGACCAUUUUCAUGUAAUCAUCAUGUGGAAUUAAACGGAAUGACCAUUUUCAUGUAAUCAUCACGUGGGAUUAAACGGAAUGACCAUUUUCAUGUUAUCAUCACGUGGGAUUAAAUGGAAUGAACACAUUUAUGUAAUCAUCAUGUGGAAUUAUUUGAACAUUUUAACAUGGCGAAACGGGAAUAUAUUUUAAGCAACCAAGGAUAUUGCCAUUUCGGCAAGGACUUGUGCCUUAUGAAACAUUAUUCCUACAUUUUCUCGUUUCGUUUAAUAAAAGAUUGUUUAAGGGUAAAUAUUUUCUUGCAGACAAUUUUAGGAGAGAGAAAGAGAGAAAUGGGGUUUAACGUCCACUCGACACAAACUAGGUCAUUUCGGGACUAACAUAAUUCGCUUGCGCGUAGGGGUCUUUAAUAGUGGGUGGAAACCGGGGGACCUGAAGAAAACCCACGAGGUUGGACAGGCGACCCUACUCUUUGUCACGUACAACCGGGGAUUCAAACCCUGCCAGUUGACUCAAUGACAGACCGUAUGAUACAGCGCGCAUGUGCUAACCAUUUCUUAGCCCAGAAAUCCUCAUUUUAACUCUGUAGCCUCGAUUGUUGGAAGCUCUAGAGGCUAAAGUUAAUAUCCGAUUGACGUUAUAUUUACACACAGUGUUUAAGGUCAUGAGACGAAGACGCCUAUUGAUUUUCAACGAUUUCUAACUUUGAAAUACCUGGUGGACGCUCUAGACGCUAAAGUUAAUAUCCGAUUGACUUUAAAUUUAUACACAGUGUUCAAGGUCAUGAGACGAAGAAGCCUAUUGAUUUUCAACGAUUUCCGAUAAUUACUUUGAAAAAUAAUGGGACGCUCUUGAGGCUAAAGUUAAUAUCUGAUUGACUUUAAAUUUAUACAGUGUUUAAGGUCAGGAGACGAAGAAACUUAUCAAUUUUCAACGAUUUCCGAUGAUUAUGGCAAAUUGAUAUUAAAUAUUUUGUAUGCUAAAUGUUAGAAUAGGGUAGAACUAGAAGCCAAAUGGGUUGUUAUUUGUAAUCAUUAAUCAUAUUUUAGUGUGUUGUAAAUGUAUUCAUUUCUGACAAAAGAAAAAAUAUGCGACAACCCUUGUUGACUCACGGACGACUUAGCUGCUGUGGCCGUAAGUUUUGUUGCCAGGCAAACUAACAUUUAAAGCCAUCAAAAGCCCUGCAAUUGGAAGACUUAGCUCUUAGAUAAUGCAUCUUCAAAUGUUAAAUAAUCAUUUAUAUAUUCAGAUGACGACCACCGGCUUUUAGAUUUAAAUUCAUAAAUGGCCAUACUAGGUUGAACGACAUUUAGUGGACAGGGCUCUGUUUCUCGAAAAGUUAACUAAAGAUAAAAUCCAAAUUUUAGUAGAUACUUCAAUUUUGAUUGGCUAAGCACUAAAAUCAAUCUAAUAUUAUCCAAUCAAAUUACUAAAAUUUGGAUUUUAUCUUAGUUAAAAUUUCGUGAAACAGGCCCCUGGGUUAUUUAGUUAAUUUUGUGUAUUUCACGUCAAAUGUAAAAAUGUUUUUUGGGUUUUUUUUGUUAGAAAAGUUCGGUGUUAUUUUGUAGCGCUCCCUAAUUCAUGGAUGAACAUAUUCUGUGAACCUUUUAAAAUUUAAAGAUACAUUAUGGGAGAUUAAAGAGUUGGCAGUUCAAACUAUAAUAGUUAAAAACUAGAUAAUGUAAAGGGAAUUUGCUGAAAGUUCAGUCAAAUUGAUCCACCCUGAACCGAGAAUUAAGCGAUUAAAUUUUAGGCCUAGCCUCGAUCAUCAUUACUAAAGUCGGUAGGAUAAAAACAUAGUCUCGAUUAUCCAAUUUUUGAGUUAAUCAUGAAUGAGAGAGAGAGAGAGAGAGAGAGAGAGAGAGAGAGAAAUGGGGUUUAACGUCCACUCGACACAAACUAGGUCAUUUCGGGACUAACAUAUGGUUUAACUUUAUUUCAAUAAUUCGCUUGCGCGUAGGGGUCUUUAGCAGUGGGAGGAAACCGGAGGACCCGGAGAAAACCCACGAGGUUGGACAGGCGACCCUAUUCCUUGUCACGUACAACCGGGGAUUUGAAACCACGCCAGUCGGCUCAAUGACAGGCUUUAUGAUACAGCGCGCACGCUAACCAUUCAGCCAUCCAACCCCCCCCCCCCCAAUCAUGAAUGAACGUUGAGCAGCAGAUCGGACUAUGAUCCAGUAAAUAUCGCAGGCUAGCGAUGACAUUGAGAGUUGAUUAUGGUCUGAAUAAGUUAAUUAAUGUCUAAUUAAUAACUUAGAUCACAUUUAAGGCCUAAAGAAAGACCUGCACUGGCAGAUUUAGCUCUUAUAUAAUGUAUGUGUAAUGGACUUAUAUCAACAAAUUCCUUAAUGUAAAUGUGAUUGCAAGCUGCAGAUGUGACCACCUGACAUCCAUAAAUUUCUUAAGUCUAUAAAAGUUCUGUUGUGCAAAUUCUUAGUAUAUAUUGAACGAAAGAACUUUUGUUUUUCUCCUUUUACCAGCUGUGAAUAGUUAUUUCAUAUCAUUGACUCCAUUGCAAAUGAUAAAAUUAUUACACAGAGUGGACUUAAAGAUACGUUUCCGCAUACAAACUGGGUGUUUUUAUGAUGUAUUUGGACUAAAAGCAUAUUCAAACUAAUUAAUCAAAUUUUGCUUUAAAUCAUUCUCAAAACAUUGUUUUCGCGAGGGAAUACCCCUGCUAUAAAAAAUCUAUUAAAAGAAGUCAUGUUUGUGUCACGUGACUUAGCUGACGCACUACCUAGCAAUGGGUGCGAAGCCGGAGGAGAAUUUGUUGCAUUCACAAGACAAUGUUGUCUUUAAUCGCUAUCAAUUUAUCAUAAAUAUCGAAGCCUUAUUAAAUUCUCGGAUUAUCCACUACCCACGUCUUUUUCCAUGGUUUUUAUCUCAGAAAGUGUUGUACAUUGAACUCUUCAAAAGGUUUAUCAACAUAUACAUCAAGCGCUCAUUCUUUGCGUGCAUCCGUCGACGUCACGCGAGCAGACAUUCCUAAUCGUCGGGCUGUCGAUUAGGAAAAAACCUUACAUUUUUGUCCUUUAUGCGCUCCAUUGGUGUUUUUCGGGGAAUCCUGUAUUUUUCUAGUAAGAUUGGAUAAUUCUACUUUCCAUAUAUACCAAAAUUGCCAUUGGAAAUAACCACCCGAUAAUUACUUUUCUGGGAAAUGUUAUUCACAUUUAAUGGAUUUAGAAUGCUAACGGACUAUUGGCGGAAAACAUUAUUGACAAAUUGAAAUAACGCCCACUAUUCUUCCCAAAUAAAGAAACCAUUAAACUAUUUAUUUUUUUAACACGACGUAUUGGUCGUUUGCGUUAGUGUUGUCUGGUAUGAAUAUUCCACCAAUAUUAGUGUUAUUGAUUAAUUAUAUCAAUAGCUACAAUGCUGAAAGAUCGAUUCGCCGUAGCAACAACACCUCAAAACACAUUAAAAUUUAACCACGCUUACUGACAAUACGUUCAGAAUCAAUAGAUCACGUCAGUGGAGAGUGUACACCAUUGUCACUCGGCAAACCUCAGCAGACCAGUACCCUAGCCUCGGCUGUAUGACAAAGGUCGCCAUUGGAACUACUUUCAAGUUCCCGGAUUACCAGCUGCGUUGCCCAUGACGACGCCUUUGAAGAAUGUUUUAUCAUACAAAGCUUUCAAAGUCUGAAUCUGUUUUCCUGUCAAGUUUAUCCUAUUUUCUUCAAGACAAGAACAACUUUUUUCUAAAAGCGGCAAGAUUCCCUAAUAAGUAAACCGGUGCCGCAUCGCAAUUGUAGAGGUGUGGGUACAUAUCACUUACCGUCAUACAGCCGAGACUAGUACCGGGGUCUGUCGAGGUUUGCCGAGUGCACCAGUGUUUCUCAAAGACGGAGAAACAAAAGUAAAAGUAUAGAACGUGAUCUUUAGAAUGGAUUAUAUGAUGAUUUGAUAAUAACCAUUUGCUAAUUACGUCACAUAUGAGAUUAAAACGGCAUGUUUUGAAAUGACUUAAUAAAAUAGAAAUUACAAAGUUGAACGAUUCAUAUAUAUAAAUAUAUUUAUAUUAAUUGUUUUUUGUUAUUAUUUGGUAAUUGUUCCAUGUUUAGGAUGCAAAAAUCAUUCUCCAGCUAGUCUCGGUCGCCCCAACACAAAUUAUCUCCCCUUUGGCCACUCUAUACAAUACCAACGAAAUUGCAAUCGGAAUUAUUCUUGUAAUGUCCUGCAUAGUUUCUAUACAUUCGAAACGGAGAGAAUUUACGCGGGGUGAUCUAGAUUAGUUUUAAGCUCCCAGUAUCUUGCUCAUAAAAAUGGCUAAAUCUAUUUGCUAAGGCCAGCUCAAUUUUUGUAAAGGUCGCUGAGAUGUAAAUAAGGUUCGGGCACGUGAUUGUUGGCGAGAUUGUAGGUUAGGGUUAGGGUUAUCAUUGGGGCUAGGGUAGGGUUGAUAUUGGCGCUAGCCCUGUUUACAUCUCGUGACCUAUGGCGAAAAAUUGAGCUGGCCUUAUCAUUAAGCACUAACCAAGAAAAAUAAAAAUUGAAACUCCCACAGAUGUGAAUAAAAUUUGUAAGACUUUGGUUUGAAAGUGCUGAUUUGUUUUACGAAAUGUGUACCUUCUUACAUUAUAGAAUAUACAUCAAUAUAAUGCUCUUGUGUUGAAAAAUACUUUAUUAAAUUAAAAACACUUAUAUGGAUAUACUACUUCUGAAUUUAUUAAAGUUGCAAUAUCAUAUUUUUAAGUUAUAUUUUUUAAAAUUUAUUAAAAUAAAGCCUUAAAAUAGAUGGUAUCUAUAAACAGUCCUACCUUGUUAAAGAAUAAUCCUAUUAAUCCUAUAAUUCACUAUUGCCAGUUGAGAAAUUGGCAAAAUAUCAUUUUCAACUUCAAAUUCAAACGUUUGAAGAUAACUGCUCCAUGGUGGAGAAUAGAAAACAAGGGAGGUAAUUGUGUUAUUAUUUCCGGUGUAAAUGAGUUUUAAGUGUGAGAAUGUCACCUAUGAUCGUAUAAUAGUGAGUUGACAACCUAUAGAGCAAAAGACAUAGAAAUAAUUAUGUUUUGACUUUCUUAGAAAAUAUGAAAUUGUAACUUUAACAUAUAUUAUGUUAAUAAAUUCCGAAGUAGUAUAUCCAUAUAAGUGUUUUUAAUUUGUGAAAUCUUAUUCUAUUAUGUCUUAUAAGAAUUAUGAAAUAUACUUGAUAAUAUUUUUAACACUGAACAUUUAAGUCAACGAAAUAAGUAAAUACUCAGACCAAACCCUUGCCCCCUCACUUUAUUUUUACUUAAAGAUACAUUCUGUACGAUUUAGAUAAAGAGCUGACCAUUUUUACUAUAAUGGCUCAAAAAUAGAAAAUAUUGAAAAUUUCAUUCAAAUUACUUCAUUCUGAGCCAAGUUAUCUCUGUUUGUAGUUUUGACCAGAUGUGUGCAUUGUGGUAACCAGGGCACUGGUAUAUUCGAGACUUAGCCUCGCUUUCCCAUUUUUAAAUUAAAUUUGAGUAUCGGACGCCAUCGAAGGUUGAUUAAGGUCUUGUUUUGUUAAUAUGAAGAGCCCAGGGGAAGAACGAACUAAGUCACAUUAUUGUAGUUUCGCAUAAAAUAUGUAAAUUUUUGCGUGGAAUAAGCCGUAAAAAGAUAGAUAUUUCCGAAAAAUGCACAUGACGAUUAGCGACAUUAUUUGAAUGAUGGUUCCAUUGAAUGUAACUACGAGCGUAUGUAAGGGGGUAUGAACUUUAUAUUAAGAGAUUGGACUUGUGACACAGUUACACACUGACAAUAAAAGUUCAAUAGCCAAGACUGUGUAGUAAUAUCGGACUUCUUCGGUAUUCCUCGUUCUCAAUAAAGUAUGGAUGAUAGCUGCUCGGAAUAUCUGGGUGAGAUCUGAUGAAUUUCGCCAAAGACCCUGUUUUAUAACCCACUUAACUAACUUCUGUACAUCAUAGACCGACCUUGAUGUUAAUUUCCUUCCCAAAUAUGAAAUAAACAACCCCAUUCUCCAAAGACCUUAUUUGGUCUACCAAACACACGUCAUAAAUAAGUUUGUAUUUGAUGGAUAUUUUGACAACGGUAAUGAUUUUACCAAAAUAUCACUGUUUUUUUAUAUAUAAAUAUAUCACUCAAUUCAUUACGUACGUGACUGUGAUUUGACUCUAUAUAAUCAGUUAAAGAUACAAUAUGGUCGCAAGGACCAUAGUAUUACAGAGAGAGAGAUAGAGAGAAAUUGGGUUUGACGUCCACUCGACACAAACUAGGUCAUUUCGGGACUAACAUAUGGUUUAAUUUUAUCUCAAUAAUUCGCUUGCGCAUAGGGGUCUUUAGCAGUGGGAGGAAACCGGAGGACCUGGAGAAAACCCACGAGGUUGGACAGGCGACCCUACUCCUUGUCACGUACAACCGGAGAUUCGAAUCCACGCCAGUCGACUCAAUGACAGACUUUAUGAUACAGCGCGCGCACGCUAACCAUUCAGCCACCCCACCUCCCUCCAUAGUAUUACAACUGUGUGACUUAAGACUUGGGCUAUAAUAUAUACAAUUUUAACAACCUGACCUUCAGGGUCAAUAUAUUUAUCUUAACUAACUUGAAUUUUAACAAACAUUCAGCCCAGGGUAAAAUAUCUAUAGCUGAAUAAAUAUCUAGCCAAUUAAAGAUACAUUAGUUAAGAGUUUUAUAAUGAGUUGGCCAUUCUUGCUAUAAUAAUUCAAAAAUAGAUGAUACAAAAGAAAAUGUUGAAAAUGUCAGUCAAAUUACUUUGUUCUAAACGGAAUUGUCACUUUUGGAAGUUUGGACUACAGAGUGAUUUUGAGCUUGUCGUGUAAAUAAAAAGUCUAAUUAAUAAUUUCUAUAACAUCUGAUUAAGCCUAAAUAAAGACUUGCAAUAGGCAGAUUUAACUCUUGCAUAAUAUAUGUUUAAAUUGGGUAGCUUUUUUAAAAAUAAAAGAAAAAUGGAAUGUGUUGUCAGCAUAUUUUUGUUGUACCAAAGGCUAGUCAUGAAAGGGUACACUUUACGUUUCACACAACAUUUUAAAAAUGAAAUUGAAAGUUGUAUACCGAUUUUGGGCUCGAAAUUGAGACUGUACUACUGAUUGUAUUGGGUGGUAUAUUGUCGCCUCCCCUGUCCGUCCAUCGACCCUCCCGUCUUCCACAAUUACCAAUGCACACUCUAGGGGCUAAUGUAUACAGUGUUUAUGGUCAUGCGACGAAAAAUCAUUAUUAUUGAUUUGCAAUGAUUUGAUUAUUGAUUUACUAUGAUUAUUGAUUUACAAUGAUUAUUGAUUUACAUUGAUUAUUUCAUUGCUUGUUAACUCUUGAGUAGAACAUGUACAACUGGCUUUUUUAACAGUCGUAUGGGAUCGCAAGACCACUUAUGUUGCAAUGAAAUGAAAUGAAAUAGGGGUUUAACGUCCUACUGUUCUGCUCCGACUGGGCUAAUGAGGACGGGCAUAACCCAUACAGUGUGCUAUGAGGGAAAUUUUGCCCGGACAGCGGCACUAUGGCCAAGGCAUAUUUUACGUGCACGCCAAUGUAUACAUGGGACCUCGGUCUCUCAGUUGCACCAAACCCAAUCGCACACAGUCGCAUCGCGCAAGGGCGACAUACCGCCCCACUCCCCCACUUUAAUGUCUUAUCAGUGAUUGCUCCCAUCGCCUCCAAAAGAAUAUAUUUACGACAAACUUUUUAGACUGCCCGGGCGAAUUAGCUGCCGUUGAAGUUUUUUUCGUUUCUUAUAUAUGAAAUUUCAUUUAUAACAUUGAAAUUAAAACGAAAUAUUAUCUGAGAUUAAUUUAUUAUAUGAAUGUGUGACUAUGUGGCCCUAAAACAGCAAGGAUUUUAUGUUAAAGAAUUCCAUUUUUGGGGUUACAGUAAAGAGAUGGUAGAUUCCAGUAGAAUAUACACAAUAGAAUUAAAAAUUGGAUCACAUUUUCGUUUCGUUAAAUUUUCUGAAACGAAAUGUUUCUAAACAGGGGCCUGUUUCACGAAAUCUUAACUAAAGAUAAAAUCUAAAUUUUAGUAGAUACUUCAAUUUUGAUUGGCUAAGGACUAAAAUCAAUUUAAUAUUAUCCAAUCAAAUUACUAAAAUUUCGUGAAACAGGCCCCAGAAAGGUAAUUGACAUCUGAUUUUAAUAAGAUUGAUAUUUAGCUGGUGUAUAUUUAUUAUUUGAAUUUGGGUGCAUAUAAUAACACCAUGUGGUGUCUAGAAUCAUUUAUAAUACAUGAUCAUUACUGUUAUAUUAAAAAUUCAUGCAUACGA